AAUGCCUCAUAAAGGGUGGAAUGUUAUUCAGCUUGUCUUAGAAACAGCCCAGCAGCCCAGUCUUUUACUUUCGGCCUACUAAAACGCAGCCAAGUGACGCCACAAUGCCAGAACAGCAACAUCUGAGCUCCCCGCUCAGAGGCAACCAGUGCAACAUGACUGAUGUGAUACAGAGGAUUUCGCUUUCCAAGCCACCUGUGAGCAUGAAUAUGUACAAGACCUUGUACAUGACAGACUACAAGCCAUUCUCAGAGUACCAGAACGAGCUCUCCAUGCCCACCAUGGAUCUCGCACAGAAAUUGAAACUGGAGGCCCAGCUAAAGACCAAGGAGUUUGCAAAGCCCACUGAGAACGAACCUAUGAAAUAUGCAGAAGGUCCCAGCUGUCAAGAAGUUCAGCCGCCUUAUCCUAGCAGUGUGGAGGGGAGACUGCUAAAGUGCCAGGAAGCUCCACCAUCAUUUCAAGAGAUCCAAGACGAUCAACAGAAGUAUGUUAAUGCAAUGAUUCCAAAUACUGAGAGAGAUCUCCCCUACCCCAAUCCAGCAGUAAUCCAGGAAAAGGAAGCAGAGAAAUCAGCUCAGCAAACAGAUCCAUGUUUACCGGCCAUGCCAGGUAACCUAGAUGCUCCCUGCAUCAUUAAUGAUCUGGGCCAGAACUGGGCCAACUAUCAACAGUUUAUUUUAGAAAAUCGGAGAGCGAGUAAUGCACAAGUUCAAGAAAUUAAGAAACUGAGCCUGGAGUCUUCUGCGUUUCCAGCAGAUUACAUCACCAGUACUGAGCCAAGUACUUACCAAAGAGAUUAUGUACACUGGCCCAGAGUCCAGAGUGGAUUUUGUCGAGCGCAUCGGAACUAUUCUAACCUUAUCUUGAAUGAUGGCUACUACAAUAAGGACCCCUGGAUGUCAGAAUAUAUGGACAACUACAGUAUUUUCUUGCGGCAUCUGAACUGGAAGUCUCGGAAUGCUAUGACAUCUCUCUGUUCGGGAAUACACCAUCAUUCCCAUGUGGUGCCCUCACAGACAUCAAUUGCAGUGAACACGGCACUUUGAAAAUAUAGACAGACUCUUGGAGGCCAUGAUGAUGUUGAGUUGAAACUAUUACAUCUGAAAUACUCCAGCAUCUGAAAGUAUCUACUACUGAAGUGCUUCCUACAUACAUCUACCUUUCCCUUUCUGAUGGUAGUUCUACAAGCAACAUAGGAUAUCAGCCAUGGAAAUUUGGUAGGACCAUGGGGGCCUGGAGACCUUUGUAUAUAUCACAGGCAAUUGUUUGUAUUUACCUUAUUUAUAUAUGAAUAUAUAACAUAGCUAGGUUUUAAUGACAGUUCUUUAUCAAAGCAAACCCAGAAAAUUAAUAGUGCUGCUGCAAAGUACAUAUAGUUUAGAAUCAAUAAUCAGUAGAGAGAAUUAUCCUAGUCACUAUGCCUUUUAAAUAAAAAUCUACAAAGCAGAACAAGGAUGUGUUGUUGCACACAUUUAGCCUAUGGUUAUACUUGCAUUGUCAUACCUCCCUGUGGUCCUUUGUGUGGGUUUUUAAAAACACAAACUGUUCCACUGAUGCCACACUCACUCCUCCUUCAGAGUAAUUCAAAGAAUUGUGAGCCUUGCCUGUUUUACUGUUCCAAUAUAUACAAUAGAUGGGUUAACAUUCCACCCUCGCCCUCCAAUAUAUCAAUUUAAAUAAGGUAUGACGAUGAAAUAUGCAUUUUCCACAAUUCAACAGUUUCCACCCCAAGACUAGGGCCGGUGCUACCAUUAGGCCAACUAGACAGCUGCCUAGGGCACAAACCUCAGAGGGGUGCAGAGUGUAUCAAAUCAAUCAAAAUGAUCUGUGUGCCAAAAUAUUUUCUUUUGUAUUAUCUAUUCUUGCAAUUUAAAAUAAAUUUAGCAAUUUUAA